AUGAAAUUCCUCAACAAGAACGCCUACAUCCAGAUCGCCCUGAAGGGCACAAACUUCUGCACGUCUGCGAGGAAGGCGUUCGAGCUCCUUCUGCGGAACAUCAUCCGGUUUGGUUCGCUUUCUAUGCUGGGCUCAUUGAUUUGUGGCAUAGGGACGGUAUUCACCUGUGCUGCUACGGGCAUUACGGGGUAUUUCGUUAUGCAGUCUUUCUAUCCUGACAUCAGUCCAAUCGUCAAUGUCGUGGUCUACUGUCUGCUGGGCUUCAUAACUGGCCGGCUCUUCUUGAAUGUGAACUCGCUGACAUGUGACACAAUGAUGCACUGCUUCAUCAUUGCAGAGGAGUCA